UCUCUAGUAUUAAUUAAUCCCUCUAUGAUCUAAACCACUCUAACACAAAUCAAUACAGCGUACCCAUAUUUUGGUUUGGUGAAUUUUUGCUAUACACAAAUGGGAACAAAAAGGGGCUAUUCCCAAGUGAAUGUUUUGUUUGAAAGGUUGAUGAGGAACUUGUCAUUGAAAGUGAAGAUCUUUUUGGGGGCAUUUCUUGCUGUAUGUGCUAUCGUGGUCAUAAGGUUAAGCAUGCAAAAUUUCUACUUUUUCUUCAUAGCCUCCGAAGUAGUCCAUGCUGUAGGGAUAAUUGUCCUCGCAUACAAGCUUUUCGCCCUCAAGACCUGCUCUGGUUUAUCUCUCAUAACCCAAGAACUCACAGCUAUAUACCUAGCUGCAAGAUUAAGUUGUAGCAACUUGACAUUGGGUAACAUCCACACAUUGCUAGAUUUGAUAUCUUUUCUUUCAACAUUAUUGGUCAUAUGGAUGAUAAGAUUCAGGUUAAAGUCAUCCUAUAUCAAGGAGCUUGACAAUAAGCGACUAUACUUUUUGGUGGUACCUGUUGCAAUCCUUGCGAUACUAAUCCAUCCUUAUACAGCUAACUGGAAUAUAACUCGAAUUGUUUGGGCAUUCAGUUUGUAUUUGGAAUCUAUUUCUGUAUUGCCUCAACUUCGUUUCAUGCAGAACGCAAAGAUGAUUGAAACAUUUACAGGGUAUUAUGUAUUCGCUCUCGGUGUUUCAAGAAUCAUUGCACUGGCUCAUUGGAUAAUUCGGAUUUAUUUAACUCGAGGGGCCUUUCUAUUCAUGGCUGGGAGUGGCUAUUUCUGGUUCUUGGCUGGGUUUCUCGCAGAGAUUGUUCAGUCCUUCAUCUUGGCUGACUUCUGUUACUAUUACAUGAAGAGCUUCUUGCAAGGACAACUUUUGAGGAAAAUGCCUGUUUAAGGAUCAUGACUUGUUAAUGUACAAUGUUUUGAACGAGAUCUUUUUUCUUCUUUUUUUUUUUCUCUUUUCUUUUUUAGUUAAGCAUACAGUAACUUUGUUCGAAGCUUGUUAUCUUCUCGAUCUAGCUAGGGUCCUCCUUUUCUAUAAUCAACAUUUAUUUUAUACAGUUCACAACGGAUUUUAAACAUGAAAUUUAUUUGCAUUAGAGAAACAUUUCAAAAUGGAAUGAAUCGAGAAGA